AUGCUCAAAAUUAAUUCAAUCAUUGCAUGUCAUCCUUAUUCCAAAAUAGAACGAAUAAGACAGAAUUGUGAAAUGAGAAAACCAGUCAACAUUUGCACACAAGUAAGAAAGUAUGAUCUGAAUUGGUUACAACAACAAGAAGUAUCCAUUGAUCAAAAUCAAUAUUCAAGUGAUAAAAAUAUUUUUACAUUGAAUGUAUUUGGAAUUGCAAUUCUACAGUUUACAAUUACUUUUGGCGGGACAAAUUUAUUUAUUCUAAUCAUUAUAUACAUAGUUCUUCUAUUAAUAUGGGUAUUCGUCCCAGUAUUAACACGAAAAUAUCCUUACAAUAUAUUGUAUCUAUUAGUGAUGACAAUAUUUUCCACGAUUGCAAUUGCAUCCGAUGCAACUUUUUACUUUGACGAGAUUGUUUAUCAAGUUUUCGGUGUCUCAGUGACCUUGUUCAACUACAUAAUUUGCAUUACAGAUAUUCUACAAUAUGAUAUUAGUCGACAUUAUGUCAUCAAUAUGAUUGUUACAUUAAUAAGUGAUAUCCUCUUACUCAUUGGACAAAUUUGUUACAUCAUACUGAGCGAUUAUGCAAUUAUACUUGUUGUUGCCGGUGUAAUUACACUUCCAUUUGCAAGUUUUAAAUUAUUAUUUGAAAUGAAAAAAAUUUUCAGAACUGGUAAAUUUGGUUAUAAGAGAGAAGAUUUGGUCUUAGCAUCUGGAAUUCUUUACAAUUCUUGGUGGAGUUUAUUUCUCACAGUUUUAUGGACAUCUUCAAUGACAGGUUUAAAUCAGACGAAAUUAAUAGAUAUCACUACUAUUCCUACUACAUGACAUGGUCGACUAAAUUGUUUGAUUCUGCACAAAUUUCA